UUUGCAGUGCUGUUAUGUCUCCAUUUUUCCUGCAGAGGUCGCUGUUCCUCUCUCCACCAGGCCUGACCGUUUAGUCUGGGCGCAUGCGCAGUAUCCUCAUUUGGCCUCUGGUCUUUCAGGCGCUUAUGAUGCGCUGAAAGGUUGUCCGCUGCUCAGCUCUUCUUCACAACUGUUUAACGUCUAAACUCGGCUUGAGGAGCUUGCUUGGUACUCUCUGCUGACGAGAAAAGCCCCUGCGACGGUCCAGUGAGUGGAGUCUGCCUGCAGUUACUACAAGCACUGAUGUAGCUUCGUUGCGACGGUUGUCCGGCUCUCCCUCUACCUCCGGUCCCCGGUGCCUCACUGCAUGACCUCAGACGACAACACAUCAACGUAGAGCUACGAGGGGGGAAAACAGCCCCUUCCUCAUCCAGGGACCCCUCCCUCUCGACUCCCUAACUGUGACGCUCGGUCGCUACGACGCCACAAUCUUCUCAUCUCACCUUUCAACUCAUCUCCAGCAAAAGGGAGCAGGAGAAAUUUUUCCACAAAGGAGCUGAACGCCUCCAUUCGGGCCAGUGGAGGUGGUGGAAGAGCUGUCCCCCCCUUCCCCACCCCUCCCCGUUUAUCCUCUUUCAAUUCUCGUCUUUUAAGAAUCUUUUUUUUUUUCUUUUUCUCGUGGUUGGCUUGAGUCCGGUUCUGCCGGCCGCGUGACUUUUCAAAACUGGGGCGCGAUUCAUGGGAUGCAACCAUGUCGGAUCUCAGUGAGCGCAGGCCGGUCAACACGGACUACGCUGUCUCCCUGCUGGAGCAGCUCAAGUUCUUUUACGAACAGAAAUUACUGACUGACAUUGUGCUGCUGGUGGAGGACAUGGAGUUCCCGUGUCACAAGAUGGUCCUGGCCACAUGUAGCUCCUAUUUCAGGGCGAUGUUCAUGAGCGGCCUCAGCGAGAGCAAACAGACCCACGUCCACCUGAGGAACGUGGACCCGGCUACGCUGCAGAUCAUCAUCACCUACGCCUACACGGGCAACCUGCCCAUCAGCGACAGCACCGUGGAGCCGCUGUACGAGACCGCAUGCUUCCUACAGGUGGAGGACGUCUUGCUGCAGUGCAGAGACUAUCUGGUGAAGAAGAUAAAUGCGGAGAACUGUGUCCGCAUGCUGAGCAUCGGCGACCUGUUCAGCUGUAGCGAGCUGAAGCAGAGCGCUAAACGCAUGGUGGAGCACAAGUUCCCCAUGGUGUACCGGCAGGAGGCCUUCCUUCAGCUCUCCCACGAGCUGUUGAUAGACGUCCUGAGCAGCGACAACCUCAAUGUGGAGAAGGAGGAGACGGUGCGUGAGGCGGCCAUGCUGUGGUUGGAGUACAACAUGGAGGCACGCUCGCAGCACCUGUCCUCCGUGCUCAGUCAGAUCCGCAUCGACGCGUUGUCUGAGGUAACGCAGCGCGCCUGGUUCCAGGGCCUGCCACCCAACGACAAGUCUGUCGUGGUGCAGGGUCUCUACAAGUCCAUGCCCAAGUUCUUCAAGCCUCGGUUAGGCAUGACCAAGGAGGAGAUGCUGAUCUUCAUGGAGGCCAUGUCAGAAACGCAGGGCGAGGGAUACGUAAUGGCUGCGGCCGUGCCUACUACAGUAGUGUGUUACAGCCCACAGGCGGAGAAAGUGUACAAACUGAGUAACCCCCCGGGAGACCUGCAGAAGGUGGGAACCCUCGUCACCCCCGACAACGAUGUGUUCAUCGCUGGCGGACAGAUCCCUCUCAAGAACUCUAUCACCAACCACGGCAAAAGUGGCAAGUUACAGGCGGUGUUCCGCUCGGUAGAUAGCUUCUUCUGGUUUGACGCCCAGCAGAACGCCUGGGUCCCCAAAACCCCCAUGCUGUGUGCCCGAAUCAAGCCCUCUCUGGUCUACUGCGAGGGCUACAUCUAUGCAAUCGGGGGGGAUAACGUCGGAGGGGAGCUGAACAAACGCACGGUGGAGCGCUACGACUGCGAGAAGGACGAGUGGAGCAUGAUGAGUCCCCUGCCCUUCGCCUGGAACUGGAGCACGUCCGUGGUGGCGCACGACUGCAUCUACGUGAUGACCCACGACCUGAUGUACUGCUACUUCCCCCGAGCCGACACCUGGGUGGAGAUGGCCAUGCGCAAGACCAGCCGCUGUUUUGCUUCCGCGGCCGCCUUCGGUGACCUCAUUUUCUACAUCGGCGGCCUCCACGUGGUCAGCAACUCCGGCAUCCGCUUGCCAACGAGCACCAUCGACGGCUCCUCCGUCACCGUGGAGAUCUACGACGUCAAUAAGAACGAGUGGCGCCUGGCCGCCAACAUCCCCGCCAAGCGUUACUCGGACCCAUGCGUGCGGGCAGUGGUGCUGCUCAACUCGCUGUGCAUUUUCAUGCGCGAAACCCACAUGAACGAGCGUGCCAAGUACGCGAUCUAUCAGUACGACAUGGAGCUGGACCGCUGGUACCUGCGGCAGCCCGUGUCCGAACGCGUGCUCUGGGAUCUGGGCAAGGACUUCCGUUGUGCGGUGGGGAAGCUGUACCCCUCCUGCCUGGAGGAGUCCCCCUGGAAACCCCCAACCUACCUCUUCUCCCCCGACGGAGCCGAGGAGUUUGAGGUGGACGGGGAGCUGGUGUCCCUCCCUCACGUAUAGCUCUUAACCUCCCCCCUCCCCUACCUCGCUGACUGAACCAGGAAUCUGUAAACGCAGAGGGAUGAACACGAAAGGGGGGGCAGAUCAGUUCUCUUGAGAAAUGAAAGGGUUUGACGUUAUCUGUGUUCUAGAGGGAUCUCUGGACUUCGGAGGCUUGCGUUAGCUACAGCUGAUGCUGAUGAACAAUGCAGCCCCGACAAGCUUGGAGCGAAAAGAUGCCCCUGAAAAAUACUAGUAAUCUGAAAAUUUCUGUUUGUUUUUUUUUUUUUUUUUUUCAUUCUUCUUAUUUUGUCAGUUGUGACAUCUGUUAGAUAUUAUUACAAGUCUGUCAUACUGUUUCUACAAUGUGAUAAUCUAAACGUCAACUGAUUUUUUGUGAUGAUAAUGAGGAUGAUGAUGCACUUAACUGGUAAACCUUCUCGGAAUGACAAUGGCAACUGUACCAAAAUCCCCCAGCCUCCCCCCCCUCCGAUCGUGGCUUCCCUCUCUUCCUUCCCCCCCUCCCCUCCCCUCCGCUCCUCUUUUUCUCUUCUCACCGCUGUUAAAGGAAUAUUCCACUGAAAAUCUAUCAUUUGAGUAUCAAAAAUAUGAAAAGUCAGUAGCUUGCUCCUUCAUUGAGGAGAUAAAAGUAUCAAAACGAUCUGUAGAAACUUCUCAAAACAUUCCUGCAGGAUAAUCUGUCUUCAUCUGUCGGCUCUGAAUGUUCUAAACAUUUUUUUUCUGGUUGAACUUUGGUAUGAGGUGACGGCGAAGACGUAUUUUAUGCAACAGAAUCGGUUUGAGAAGUUUUUAUGAGUGUUUUGAUAUCGAGCCUGAAGGUUUUAUUUCUGACAUUUGAUAAAGGAAAAUUACACACACACAAAAAAAAAAACUUGCACAAAGUCCUCUUACUGGAAGUAUUCUGGUGCUUUCAGCCACAUCUUAUGUCUUUCAUCAGCAAAUAGUUUUACGUGGUAACUGAGCCAUUUUCAUGACAACCAAGCAAAAGCUAUCCACUAAUGAGGGCAAUUUUGUGAGGAAUUUUUUUUUUUUUUUUUUUUUUGGUCAUGUUUUGGGCGGCAUCUAAAAAUCACAUCAAGGACAUCUUCUUCCUUAUUUUGUGAUUUUUUUUGAUUUUAAUCUUUUUAGUCUAUAAAAUUUGAGUAAAAAAAAUGUCCCAGAACUCAAGCUGUCAUCUUUUAAAUUGCCUGUUUUAACCAACCAACCAAAACACAAAAAGUGUUCAGUUUACAGUCUCACGUUUGAGAAGCUGGAACCAGAACGUCACUUCUUAAACGUCUUAAAUGAGUUUAAAUGACUAGUUGAUCGAGAUGAAAUUAACCAGCAACAGUUACGGUAACUUGACUUACUGUUCGAGCCAUUUUCUCAAGCAAAAAUAGCAUAAAUGUUCACUGGUUCCAGUUUGUCAAAUAUGAGGAUUUUGCUUAUUUUCUGUGUGUUUAUAUCAUUGUAAACUUUAAUAUCUUUUGAGUUUUGGAUUGUUGGUCAGACAAAACGAGACAUUUUAAGAUGUCAGUUUGAGUUCUGGGUUUCCGUACGAAUCCGUCGUAACUUUUCAGAUUCUUCAGUGGAGUAUUCCUUUAAAAAAACAACAACAGAAUUCAUCUUUUUCUUCGUAAGGUCCUGCAGACGAGAGGAACCGUGGUUAU